AAGCGCGUUGCCUUGCAAGCACAUGAUAUUAUCUGCAAGUUCGCUCUGGGUUCCAUAUUCUAACACAGCAAAUAUCAAAACCCGCUUGCACAAGACAACAACAUGAUGCCGGGAAAGUCUGGCAGGGCAAAUCUCGAAGAGGAGAAGACUUUCCAAGUAAAAUAUUUGGGAUGUACGAACAAUAAUGAGCCCGGAGUAAAUGGUAUCGAUAAAGCAGUGAAGAGAAUUUAUGAUGCGGAGAAAACGUGUCCGAAAGUCACCUUGGAAGUGAAGAAAGAAGAGAUGACAAUAACUCAGGGUCAAAAAAAGCAGUCGUUUGCCAUCAAGGAUAUUUCGUACUGUUCGCUCAAUCGACUUGAUUCUAAUAUWUUUGCGUUUAAUCAUCACGUUUCGAAGAGCCCGUUUCAGGUUGAAUGCCAUGCAGUGAUGUGUACUUCGGAAGAAAAGGCGAAAGCAAUAGGACAAGCAUUGUAUUGUUCWUACAGGGAAAGCCAUUUUGAGGAAUUACGGAAAAAACGCAAGAAAAAAGUUAAUGACUUAAACGAGCAAUUCAAGGACAGCAAUAUUUCUUCUUCAUCUUCCGGAAAACCGGACGAUGGCAGGAAUUCUGACUGCGAUAGCAAAAUGACGCCUAAUUGCGGUUCUACCGCGGAAGUCGUCGAUAACGAACUGGACUGUAUCGUCCAAGACAUGCUCAAUACUGUAGAACGAGAAAAAGAAAGCUUGGAAGAUGAGAAUGAAAAACUAGACUAACCAUAUCAAUAGUUCAAGCUCCUUCCAUCUUAAUUCGAGCUACGAAAACUAGAAUAUUAAAAAUGACAUUAAGCUCGUUAGAAAGUUUUCAUUUUUAUUUUUGUGAGGUUGAACUGAGCCAUUAGCGAKUGGAGUACUAUGUCUUUAGGUCUCCAGCUCAAGGACCUGGAUAUUACAUUACAAGAYGGAUCGUUUUAGCAUCAAAAUUACCGACAUUUGUUCACUCGUUUAUUUAAUGCAGUGCACUAUCAGGAUAUUUAUGCUUGGAUUUAGGGAGAUAUUAGCGACAGAUGUGUGUAUAUAUGUGUGUUUGUCGACGUAAGAUUUAGCUUAAUUAUAACAAAUGGUUAUUAGUUUUGUGUCGUUUCUACGUAAUCACGGUUCGAUUUUGGUAGCGAGAUCGACUCGAAAAUAAAUGAAUAAUUGCAUAACAAUCGCGCGAAUUCCGGUGGAAGGCUGAUUUUUUUUCAGUUUUCACUGAACAAAAGUUCAAACAUCAUAAGGUUUAAAUUUUUUWAAAUUCACCUGUCAUUUGACAUGAAUAUUUAUAAUGGAUCUUGGCUCUUUUCUGAGAUUAUUGCAAAGUCUACAAAUAGAUUGUCACUAGCCCAGUGUACACCUUAAAAGAUUCUAAGCUGAUGGGGAUUAAUGGAUUUUACACUGUCAGAAUAGUGAUUUGUAUUAUCGAUGUCUAGUGACAAAAGGCGAUCACUUGUACUCGUACAGUAAAUUGAACGAAUUACUUAAUGUAUUCUUAUCUUACUCUAAAGCAAUUACUCUUCUGACGUCUUUGGGAACGUGCUUUGUUUUAUGACGAUCCACGUGGCAAAUUAAAAUUACCCGAUAAGGUUGGUUGCUACGACAACAGAUUUUUUUGGGUGACAUUUUGCUUUGUUUACUAUUAAUACACGAUGCUGUUUAUAA